UCCUGGGCCAGGACUAGUCCAUAGGUCUCGCUGUGUGAGCCAAUGGAAGGAGGACCCGGCUCAGCCAGUCGUCUCUACUCGUUUCCACUCGACAGCGAUCAUGGACUGCAAUGGUGUCCUUCCCGAAGACACUAACUUGUGUUAGUGUAGCCAUUCGACGUUGAACUGAAGGAGUGCCCGGAGCGGUCUGUCUGUCUGGAGCAGUCAUGGGGGAACUGGAAGGUUCGUACCGGGUCAUCCAGACGCCUGGCACCCGGCUAGGGGCACCGUUUAACGCGGGCAUCAGCACCCUGGAGGCAGGGCAGGCUCUGUCGGCCAACAUGUCCGCUGCGGGGAAGAACUACGGCAGAGGACUGCAAAUGCGAGUGGUGGGCUUGGACGAAUCCCAGGAGUUUUACGACAUGGAGACGAAGUCUCUUGGUCAGACUCUGCUGUCGGAGGUCUUCCAGAGGGGCAACCUCAUCGAGAACGACUACUUUGGUCUGGAGUUCCAGAACACGCAGAUGAACUGGGUGUGGUUGGAGCCCAUCAAGCCCAUCGUGAGACAAGUCAGAAGACCGGCCAACACGCUCUUCAGGCUGUCGGUCAAGUUCUUCCCCCCCGACCCAGGACAGAUCCAGGAGGAGUACACCAGGUACCUGUUCUCCCUGCAGAUGAAGAGGGACCUCAUGGAGGCCAGGCUGCUGUGCACCGAGAACACGGGCGCUCUGCUGGCCUCGCACCUCGUCCAGUCGGAGAUCGGGGACUAUGACGAGCUGGGGGAUCGGGACUACCUGAGGCUGAACACCCUGUUGCCCUACCAGGACAAGGUCCAGGACCGCAUCAUGGACUUCCACCGGAGACACUUGGGACAGACUCCGGCGGAGUCCGACUUCCAGGUUUUGGAGAUCGCCCGCAAGCUGGAGAUGUACGGAGUCCGGUUCCACCCGGCGUCGGACCGCGAGGGCACCAAGAUCAACCUGUCCGUGGCCCACAUGGGGCUCCAGGUGUUCCAGGGAAACACGAGGAUAAACACCUUCAACUGGUCCAAGAUCCGCAAGCUGAGCUUCAAGAGGAAACGCUUCCUGAUCAAACUUCACCCCGAGGUUCAUGGGCCCCACCAGGACACCCUGGAGUUCCUGAUGGGCUCCCGUGACCAGUGUAAGAUCUUCUGGAAGAACUGCGUGGAGCACCACUCCUUCUUCCGCCUGCUGGACCAGCCGCUGCCCCCCACCAAGGCCAUCCUGUUCAGCAGAGGCUCCUCCUUCAGAUACAGUGGGCGGACUCAGAAGCAGCUGGUGGACUACGUGAGGGACAGCGGCACCAAGCGGACCCCCUACCAGAGGAGAAACAGCAAGAUCCGGAGUUCGGCCCGGUCCCUGGCCUACGACAUGCCCAAACUGAACCUGUCCUUCUGCGACAGUCUGCGGGGCCCGGGGCCCAGGGCCUCGGCCUCGUCGCCCUUCUCCUACCAGCACUCCCUCCUCUCCAGCUCCUCCCUGCAGCGCUCGCCCCAGCCGCCCCUCCCCCUGCUGGGCCACCCCCCCGCGGCGCAGACCCCCCCGGCGCUGGAGCCCCGCCUCCGGCCCCCCCAGACCCACGGGCCGGCGCCCCCCAGCCCGCCGAGGGACGCCCCGGCCGUGGCCCCCGCCCCUUCGCCCCGCUGCGCUGUCCAAGGCACGGCGGUGGACAGCCCCCAGCUGUCGCCCUUCAGCUCCAAGGACCCCCUAUGCCCCGCCUCCCCGUCCUUCCAGAUGUCCACGCUCAGCCUCCCGGGCCACGCCUCCCCGCCCCCCCACGGCCCCGCCUCCCAGGUGGGCCCACGGCUAGAUGAGGAUGAGGAGGGGAGGAGGAAGCGGUACCCAGCUGAUAAAGCGUAUUUCAUCGCCAAGGAGAUCCUGACGACGGAGCGGACGUACCUGAAGGACCUGGAGGUCAUCACCGUGUGGUUCCGCAGCGCGGUCAUCAAGGAGAACGCCAUGCCGGAGGGCCUCAUGACCCUGCUGUUCUCCAACAUCGACCCCAUCUACGAGUUCCACCGCGGCUUCCUGAAGGAGCUGGACCAGAGGCUGGCCCUAUGGGAGGGGCGCUCCAACGCCCACGUGAAGGGCGACUACCAGAGGAUCGGGGACGUCAUGCUGAAGAACAUGACCGCGCUCAAGGAGUUCACGGGCUACCUGCAGAAGCACGACGAGGUGCUGACGGAGCUGGAGAAGGCGUCGAAGCGCGUGAAGAAGCUGGAGACGGUGUACAAGGAGUUCGAGCUGCAGAAGGUGUGCUACCUGCCCCUCAACACCUUCCUGCUGAAGCCCAUCCAGAGGCUCAUGCACUUCAAGCUCAUCCUGGAGCGGCUGAGCAAACACUACCCCCAGGACCACCCGGACCACCACGACUGCAGCGAGGCGCUGAAGGAGGUGGCGCAGAUCGCGGCGCAGCUCCAGAGCAGCCUGAUCCGUCUGGAGAACUUCCAGAAGCUGACGGAGCUCCAGAGAGACCUGGUGGGGGUGGAGAACCUCACCUCCCCCGGCCGGGAGUUCAUCCGGGAGGGCUGUCUGUACAAGCUGACCAAGAAGGGUCUUCAGCAGCGCAUGUUCUUCCUGUUCUCAGACAUGCUCCUCUACAGCAGCAAGGGCGUCACCGCCACCAACCAGUUCAAAGUGCACGGACAGCUCCCUCUGCACGGCAUGAUCGUGGACGAGAGCGAGAGCGAGUGGUCCGUCCCCCACUGCUUCACCAUCUACUCCGCCCAGCGCACCGUGGUGGUGGCGGCCAGUUCCAAGAUGGAGAUGUCCAAGUGGAUCGAGGAUCUGAACACGGCCAUCAACAUGUCCAAGUCGUCCAACGACAAGUCGGACAUCUUCUUCGACGCGGGGAUGAGGGAUCGCUCCAACCGGUCCUCUGACGAGGUGUCGGUGGAGCAGGAGUCGGAGGACGAGAUGAGCUCCUCUCAUGGCUCCCUGGACAAGCAGGCGCACCACCGCGCCAACACCACGCUGCACGUCUGCUGGCACCGCAACACCAGCGUGUCCAUGUCCGAUCACAGCCUGGCUGUGGAGAACCAGCUGUCGGGGUACCUCUUGAGGAAGUUCAAGAACAGCAACGGCUGGCAGAAGCUGUGGGUGGUCUUCACCAACUUCUGCCUGUUCUUCUACAAGACCCACCAGGAUGACUUCCCAUUGGCCAGCCUCCCGUUGCUAGGCUACACGGUCAGCACCCCCGAGGAGGUCGACGGGAUCCACAAGGAGUACGUCUUCAAGCUGCAGUUCAAGUCCCACGUGUACUUCUUCAGAGCGGAGAGCGAGUACACCUUCGAGAGGUGGAUGGAGGUGAUCAGGAGUGCAGCUGGGAGGAUGACCCUCCUCGUUCCCAGAGUCCCCGCCGAGCUCAACAGGAAGUGACACGCCCAGCUUAACAGGAAGUGACACGCCCAGCUCAACAGGAAGGGAGCCGGGCCGCUGGGGGUGAUGAAGGGAUCAGGGUGCAGGGGGGCCCCCCCGGACGACCAUAAAGACUUUGGAACCACUGGGCUCACCCACUGGGGGCCACCGCUGGCUGAAAGGACCCUGGGACGUUCUGAAGAAUACAUUCUACUCGCCUUGUGUAGAAUAAAUGAGUGUUUAUUCAGCUGUGUCCUGAGUGAGGUUUAUUCCCUCGUAAUCGAGGGGUUAGGGCGAGGUGUGUAUCGAGACGGUAAAAAGGCAAGUGUGAUACUCAGGCUGGGAGAAUAUGGAGGCAUGUUGGCGUCACUAAGCUUCUUAUUAUAUCGUGGGAGCAGCAUGCUAACGGGAGGUGGGCAUUUUGCAUGCUAAGAGACGGUUGGCAUAUUAGCACGUUGCAUGUUAAGUGGCGGUUAGCUUGCUAGUAUAUUGCAUGCUAAGUGGCGGUUAGCAUGUUAGCACGUUGCAUGCUAAGAGACGGUUGGCAUAUUAGCAUGUUGCAUGCUAAGGGGCGGUUAGCAUGUUGCAUGCUAAGUGGCGGUUAGCAUGCUAGCACGUUGCAUGCUAAGUGGCGGUUAGCAUGUUAGCACGUUGCAUGCUAAGUGGCGGUUAGCAUGUUGGCACGUUGCAUGCUAAGUGGCGGUUAGCAUGUUAGCACGUUGCAUGCUAAGUGGCGGUUAGCAUGUUAGCACGUUGCAUGCUAAGUGGCGUUAGCAUGUUAGCACGUUGCAUGCUAAGUGGCGGUUGUCAUGUAGAAUGGCGGGAGAGUUGGGCGCAGUGAGGAAGAGGAACAGAAGGUUGAGAGGGAGGUGCGAGGAGCACACCAGUGUCCUCGUUUAAGGGCAGAAGUGAAAGUGUGUUUAGAAAGUUAAAGUAUCGUCGACGGAAGAGGGAUCAGCAGAGUUGAGGGAGGGUUUGAGGGAAGUAUACAAGCCUGCUUCAGUCUGAAGUGGUGGAAAAUUGACUUGUUUUUUUCUUACCGUUGGAUUAUUUUCCGACGGACAAUGCAUAGUUGGGUCUGUUUUGGAGAGCAAACUUGUAUAGGCUAGAGUAGAGAUGACAUUACCACCGAUAGUAUAACUGUUUGAUUUUUUCAUUGCAUUGUUUUUCAACCUUAUUUAACUGUUGAGGCCAGUCUUGUGUGUGAAAGGGAGAUGUAUUUUUCUGCUUAUGGAGCAACGGUACAUUAAUGAAGGGAUUCUGCUGAAGAUGCAUCAAUCGUCUGGGAGAUGGAUGGGGAUCAAUCAGCAGGGCUUUGCUGCCAGAGUAAAUAAUCAAGAGUUUACUUUAUGGCUUAACUUGUAAUCCAGUUCAAUGUUCUGGUGCUCUUUACCUAUAAAGUUGUUCAUGUCUUUAACCUCUUUAAUUUAUUGUUUGUUGAGGGUCUGUGUGGAGAUGAUGUGAUGACAAACUAAGCAGUGUUUCCUUCAUGUUUCUUGUCGAUUUCUUAUGAAGUGAAACAGAGACGAGACAUUUUACCCGCCAUAUAAAAUGCGGUUAAGAUCUAAGGUCUUUGCUCACAGCUGGAUGCUGAAUGACGUGAACCACUGUAUUAUUAUGAUGUUUCAAUGAAAACUGGAAUAUUUCAUUGUGUGUGUGUUAUUUGCCUAGCUGGUGUAAAAAUAACACCCUAACCAAACCUUCAUCUCACCUCGGCUGAAGUUCUCAAGCAUCCAAACUUUUGUGAAAAUGUUUAAUGAUGAUCUUGUGAUCUGUUGUCAUGCCUUGUGUUACUGCAUUGUUCAGCAAAUAAAAUAACGUUUUUCUCGCAGCU